UCGUGCAAAAAACAGCAUUCUUAAUGAAUGUUUUCAGCGGAAAAUGCGUUGAGCCAUUGAGCCCGGAGAUGUCUGUCAAGGAGCCGUCGAGAACGCACGGGACGGAGAGUCGAAAUAGCAAGGGUGUUCCAAACCAAUUGCUGUCUCACUCUCAGCUGAGCUCAGUUGCAGGUGCUACUCUUGUUUUUAUGACUUCACCUAAAUGUCCCUUGCAGUGCAAGAACCUAGGCCCGUUACCUCCAUCCUUUCCAAUCAAUGCUGUAACUAUGUUCUCGUUCUCGGUUGGCUGUUUGAACUCAAUGCUACUGUCACGUUUCUUCCAGAUUUCCAUUUUCAAUCCCCAUUUCUCUGCAGCCCAAGAAAGGAUUGAGUUAUCCACUGAGGUUCGGCUGUUCUCUUGUAUUAGAGAAGAUAUGCCAAUCCCAUCCCAAAAUGCUUCCAGAACAUGGAUGGAUAUUUUGGAAUCUUCACUGAUAUCUUUUCCACCAAUACAGCACCUUUCAACUUCUUGUGGGAUCAAUGUAAGUCCCCCCAUUUUGUCGGUGCAGAUUAUGGUGACUGAUGCCAUGGUGGCAGUUGUGGAUGGUUCUUGA